CUAUCAGACCAUCCACUGACCAUGAAUGGACUUUUUGUGUCCUUCCUUCUCAUCUAUCUGAUGACUCUUAUCACAAACCUUCUUAUUUUUUUCUUGGUCCUCACUGACUACAAUCUGCACAAUCCAAUGUAUUUUUUUCUUGCCAACUUGGCAUUACUGGACAUGUCCUAUUCAUCAGUGACGGCACCAAGGAUGCUCUUUGAUUUGGUCACAAAAAGCCGAUCAAUAUCCAUUCCUGCCUGUAUAUCCCAAGUCUAUUUCUACCUCUCCUUUGCUGACUCAGAAAUGUUCUUGCUCUCGGCUAUGUCCUACGAUCGCUACAUUGCCAUCUGCCACCCUCUACAUUACAAACUAAUUAUGUCUUGGAGAGUCUGUGCUCGUAUGGCCUCUCUGGUCUGGGUUGUAGGAUAUUCACACCCUUUGGUUCAUACUUUAUUUUUGUUAAGGUUGUCCUUCUGCAGAAUAACUUCCAUCCACAACUUCUUUUGUGACCUUCCACACUUAUAUCAAAUCACAUGUACUGACCCCUUCAUAAACAUGGUGGCCAUAUUCUUAUUAGGUGUUAGUGUUGGAUUGGGAGUCUUUCUUUUGACCUUUCUUCCCUAUGUCUAUAUUUUCAGGACCAUCCUCAGAAUCCAUAGCAAAACUGGAAAGAGGAAAGCAUUCUCCACCUGCACAUCACACCUCACCGUGGUCUUCAUCUUUUAUGGCUCCUUCAUUUUUCUUUACUUGGUCCCCAAUUCCAGAGAUAUGGUCAAUUUAAACAAACUGUUUUCAGUCAUAUCUGCCCUCAUUAACCCAUUGCUGAAUCCUCUGAUCUACAGCCUGAGGAACAAAGAUCUCAUGGAGGCACUGCUGAGGUCUUAUUAUCACUUAAAGUUAAUACGGGCAUCAUGAUGAAAAUAUCUUUGUCAACGUUAAUACUUUUUGUUUUUCUGUGCCUUUUUCAGCUAUUUAGAAAUGUCAGUAUUGUCCUUUAUAAAAUGUAAGGUGCUUAUAUUUGUACCUACCCUUGUAUGACCAGGGGUCAUUGUAGCCCACAGACCAAAUGUAGCAGUUAAAACACACUUUGGUUAUCCUCAAAAUAACUGUGACUAAUUUGUCUACCAUGUUUAUGCACCUUGUUCUUGUUCAGUCGUUUAGUCAUGUCCGACUCUUCGUGACCUCAUGGACCAUAGCGCACCAGGCUUUUCUGUCCUCCGCUGCCUCCUGGAGCUUGCCUAACUUCAUGUUCAUUGUUUCGAUGAUGUAUCUAUCCAUCUUGUUUUCUGUUGUCCUCUUCUAAUUUUUCCUUCCAUGUUUCCCAGCAUCAGGGUCUUUUCCAACGAGUCCUUUUUUCGCAUUAGGUGGCCAAAGUAUUUAAGUUUCAGCUCCAGCACCUGCCUUCUAGUGAGUAUUCUGGGUUGUAAAGAAGUGCUAUGUAUAAAGAAGGGUUGAAAGUGGUACCUUCAUCCCAUCGAAAUACAGAAAGAGAUUGGAAGGAGGCUAGGGGUUGGAAAUUUUAAUGGUAGCGUAUAUUAACUGAUAUCCAGUCACAUUUAAGAAGUUACAAAAUCAUUUUUAUUACAAAAGCAGAUAAUUUUACAUAUUCAUAGAAUAAAGCAUUUAAUCAUGACAAUCAUGAAGUAACUAUUUCAGUACAUCCUAUCGUUACCCAAUAGAACAUCAGAACCAUCCAUGAGGUCACAACGAGUCGGACACGACUAAACGACUGAACAACAACAAUGUAUACCUUUUUUCCUUAAUUUUAAUUUUAAUACAAUAAUAGACUGGCGGC